AUGGCCACUCCCCAGUCGACAACCUCAUACGAAGACUCUGGCUCCAAGAAGCUCGAGCAGAUUACCUUUCGAUUCUGUUCAGAAUGCUCCAACAUGUUAUACCCCAAGGAAGAUGAAGACGCGCACAAAUUGCAAUUCACCUGCCGAACGUGCCAGUACACUGAAGAAGCCCAGUCUACCUGUGUGUUCCGCAAUGUCCUGAAUAACUCUGCUGGCGAAACUGCCGGUGUGACCCAGGAUGUUGGAUCUGAUCCAACGGUUAGUCAUGUCCCGCGUGUCAUCUGCUUAUAUUGCGGCUGCCCUGUUUUUUGCUAUAUCUGUGGGGAUUUGGCAGCAGAUAUGACUGCACCUCGACGGGAGGAAGAGAAGGAUAAUGAGGCAGAGAUGGAAUGGACCAGCCUGAGCCAAUUUGUCCCAUUGGACGGUUACGAUGAUCCUUUUGCCGAGUACGACGAAGAACUCAUGGACGAAGCCGAGGACGAAGUCUACACCCCUACCUCGUCUGAUUUCAAUUCUGUUGCGAAUUCGGAGUCAGGUCUCUCAGACUACCACGUCAGGACCAUUACGUGUUGA